AUGAACAUCACCGAACAGUCGUACGACUAUAUCAUCGUCGGCGCAGGAAUUGGCGGUCUAGUAUUGGCCUCCCGUCUCAGCGAAAAUGCCAAUACCAAUGUUCUCCUCGUCGAAGCCGGGCCUAAUCACAUGGGAGACCCGCGCGUCGAAACCCCAGGCUUGCUGGGCGCCAUGGUCGAAAAUCCGGAUUUCGACUGGGACUACUUGACCGAGCCACAGGUACAUGCAAACAAUCGUCAAUUUGGCCAGCCACGGGGCCGGAUGGUUGGUGGCUCCUCGGCCUUGAAUUUCUCAGUGGUUAUGUACCCAUCACGCGCAAAUUUCGAGGCGUGGGAAUCCCUGGGCAACGAUGGGUGGGGCCCAGAUGUCAUGGCUCCAUAUCUGCGUAAAUUUCAUACAUACACGCCCCCGAGCGAGACCACCAGGGCAUUCCUCUCUGUAGACAGGUACAUGAAGCCAGAGAACCAGGGAAGUCAAGGGCCGGUUCCAAUCUCUCACCUUGAUAUCUAUACUCCGUUCAAUCAGGCCUGGAAUGAGACAUUUGCCCGCUUGGGUUGGAACACUCAUGCAGACCCAAUCGCAGGCCGCAAAGUAGGACCCUUUACGCCGCCACUGUCCGUUGACGGGAAGACCGGCCAACGGGGAUAUGCUGGCGCUUACUACACCCAGGAUGUCGCCGAGCGCAGAAACCUGCAUCUGCUCGCUGAGACAAUGGUAGAGCGAGUGAUCUUGAAGAAAUCUGACAAUGGCCAGGUGGCCGCUACGGGAAUUCAGAUUCGGACCAAAGAUGGUCAGCAACUCAAAAUUUCUGCCACGCGUGAAAUCAUUAUCAGUGCUGGAAGUCUGAAUUCCCCACAACUCCUUGAGCUAUCCGGUAUUGGCGCAGCGGAUCUGUUGCAGAAACACAAUAUCCCUGUAGUGCUCAACCUGCCUGCAGUCGGGGAAAAUCUCCAGGAUCAUUGCAUGGCAACCAUCAACUUCGAAGUGGCAGACGGACAGACGUCCGCAGACAUCGCGCGGGAUCCAACGGUGGUCCAGGCUCUGAUGGAGCUCUAUGAAAAGACACGUACUGGUCCUAUGACUGGCAUCCCCGUUAGUGCGGCCUAUUUACCCAUGGUUGACCACGAUGGACAAGUUCCCCGCGAGCAGAUAGAUAGUUUGUUGGCUCAGUAUCUGGACGGCCCGCAGGCUGAACGAGUCUCGCCCGGGCGGCAGCAGCAAUACAACAUCCUGCGACAGAUGCUUCGGGAUGACCGGACAGGCUCCGCACAAUACAUGUUCCUCGGAGCACAACUCAAUGCGAAGGAGGGGGUGAACACAAUGAGCUAUGUGCUGUCGAAGGACUUGCCCGAGAACUACAUCAACAUGUUGGUUCUACAUAACCAUCCCUUCUCACGGGGAUCCAUACAUAUCCAAUCGCCAAACGCGGGCGAUAAGCCUGUCUACGACCCCCAGUAUCUAUCUCAUCCUUUAGAUUUAGAGAUCCUCGCCCGACACACUCAGUUCCUGGACAAGAUUGUCAGUACUGAGCCGUUCAGCUCGUUACUCAAACCCGGCGCUCGGAUACCUCAAGCGGCGAUCGAUCUGGCAGAUCUGGGGAAGGUUAAGGAGGUAGUUAAAGAUCGUCUAUUCCACUGCUUCCAUCCAGUGGGCACAUGCGCGAUGAUGCCUGCAGAGUUAGACGGAGUAGUUGACAGCCAGCUAAAGGUUCAUGGCACACACAAUUUACGAGUGGUCGAUGCCAGCAUCUUUCCCCUGGAACCGUCGGGUAAUAUUCAAGCGACGACAUAUGCAGUCGCCGAGCGCGCGGCGGACCUUAUCCGUGCCGCUGCGGAGCACUAG